AUGCAAUCCCUUUCAGCCGGUGCGAUUAUUCUCACCGCCGGCCACGACGCCGCCAGGAACAACGACGUUGACCACCAAUACCGGCAACCGUCUUCCUUCUGGUACUUGACCGGGUUUGAUGAACCCGACGCCGUCGCCGUACUGCGCCCCGGCUCCCACACCCCGUACACCCUUUUUGUACGUCCCUACGAUCCUACCUUCGAGAUCUGGGUGGGUUACCGUGCCGGUGUGGGUGGCGCGGUAGGUGCUCUUGAAGCCAACGCCGCGUAUUCAAUCGACCAGCUGGAUAGUCAGCUCCCCAAGCUGCUUGCCGAAUACGACACUAUCUACUACGCCUUGGGUAGCGACGACCGCGUGGACGGCAUCAUCUCGGCCCUGGUGCAGCGGCGCCGCGGAAUGGCGCAGCGGGGCGCAAAACCGAUUCGCCGCAUCGAGGAUCCCACCACUCAGGUCGACGCCAUGAGGCAGAUCAAGACCAACGACGAAAUCGCUCUCCUGCAACGCGCGAUCGACAUCACCGCCCACGGGUUCGACGCCGCCAUGAGAACCGCGGCCCCCGGCGUUCACGAAUACGAGGUCCAGGCUGCCCUCGAGCGGCCGUUCCGCCAGCUGGGUUCCCCUCGCAACGGCUAUCCGUCGAUAGUUGCCGGCGGAGCCAACGCGUGCGUCCUCCACUACGUCCGCAACCGUGAUGCCCUGGGGCCGGACGACCUGUUGCUGAUUGACGCCGGCGCUGAGUACGGUUUCUACACUGCCGACGUGACAAGGACUUGGCCCGUUUCGGGCAAGUUCACCGCGCCCCAGCGCGCCGUCUACGAGCUCACCCUGGAGGCGCAGCGCAAAGCCAUUGCGGACGUAAAGCCCGGCGCCGGCUUUGACGACGUGCAUCGCACCGCGACCCGUACCCUCGUGCAAGGCCUCGUCGAUCUGGGCGUUAUGUCCGGUAGCGUCGAUGGCAUCAUGGAGCGGCAAUCCUACCGGGAUUAUUAUAUGCACGGGACGUCCCACUGGCUGGGCCUUGACGUACACGAUUCCGGCCCGUACCGGGAUGAUCGCGGUCAAAUACGCCUGCGUCCAGGCAUGGUACUGACCGUUGAGCCCGGGCUCUAUUUUGGCCCGCAGGCGAAGCAGGCUCCUGACAUCUACCGCGGCAUUGGCAUCCGAAUUGAGGAUGACGUUCUCGUGACGGAAGACGGUUUCCGGGUGCUCUCGGAAGCCAUACCCAAAGACCCUGACGAAAUGGAAGCUAUCGUGUCGGACGGCCGCUGA